AAAAAAUUAAAAAAAUAAAAUUUUAUUUUCCAGUUAUAUAAAUUAAAAGUGAACUUAAUUUAACUGUUAUACAAACAGAUUUUAUUAAACAAAAAAUAUUUAAUAAAAAUAAAUUAAUUCUAAAUUAAAAUGAAGAUCUCUUUAGUAAUUGGAUUUUUAGCUACAAUUAUAGCUUUAGUUUAUUCAGAACCACCAGUACCACAAUCUCAAUAUUUACCACCAACAAAUAGAUAUUUACCUCCACAACAACAACAACAACCACAAAAUACAUAUCAAGCACCACCACAACAACCCUCUAAUAAUUAUUUACCACCAAAAAGUCAAUAUGGAGCACCAGCUGUAACAGCAGCAAUAUUUCCAAAUCAAAAUGGUAUUGGCGGUUAUUCUGAUAAUAAUAAUGGUGGUGGUUAUGGUAAUGGUCGUCAAAAUAAUGGUUAUGGUAAUCAAGGUGAUGAAAAUUAUGGUCCAGCUAAAUAUGAAUUUCAAUAUGAUGUUCAAGAUAUUGAAAGUGGUAAUGAUUUUGGUCAUAUGGAAUCACGUGAUGGUGAUAAAACAGUAGGACGUUAUUAUGUUUUAUUACCAGAUGGUCGUAAACAAAUUGUUAAUUAUGAAGCUGAUGAAAAUGGUUAUAGACCACAAAUAACAUAUGAAGAGACUGGUAAUGGUGGUAAUAAUGGUGGACGUAACGGUUUUGGUGGCUAUGAUAGAAAUGCACAAAGUACAUAUAAUAAUGGUUAUUAAGAAUACUUUAUGGUUAUAUAGAAAUUAAAAAAAAAAAAAAUAUAAUAAUAAUUUAUAAAUUUUUCCCUUUGGCUUUAAAACAAUUAAAAAAAGUAUUGUAAU